AUAACGUCGUAUCUGCAAUAAUCAUAUGAAUCAUUCAUAGAACCUUUUAGUAUUAUGUUUCCUAUGUGCAUAUGCUUGAUUUCAGUUUUCAAAUUUGUAGACUUAUUUUGGCUAAUAUGCUAGCUAAGUAAAUGAACCAGGCCUAAAUUAAAGUUUUCUGUGUACAGGAAUAGAGAGUACUGUUAGUGAAAUGCUCUCUGGCUCUGUUUGAAACUCAGGAUGAGCUCCCCAUCACCAAUUACCCAUGUAUUCUCUCUGUCCUUGGAGGAUAGAAAUGAAGAUUCCCUACCUACACCAUCUGUCACAGUAUCUUCGCGGGACGUUUCCUCUUCCCUUCCUCCUAACCAUUCAAUCGCCCAAGACAGUGAGAUGUCAUCUUUGGAGCAGAGUGAUAUCUCACCAAACACCAUGGGUAUUCCAAGUCAGGAAUUUGUUUCAUCACCUGGGGACACACAAGCAGAUUCUAGCACAGUAGUCCUGUUGUUACAAAAGCCAGAACCAGGCGAGAUGAGUAACGAACCUCGACUUCGCAGCCCAAGCAUAUCAUCUUCAAGCUCCGUCUCUGACUCUGUGAAAACUCCAGAGGAUUUUGACCCUGCACAUGUACCAGCACAGCUGGAUCUACCAGUCACAGUCCAGUCAUCAUCUAUGAUAUCUGAUCCUGAAUCUGAAAAGCUGGCAGCUUUAGGCGCUCGUGUGACAUCAGCAGAGCCAGGUGUGGAGAUCCAGUUCGAUAACCCAGAUGUUCCAGAACCUUCUCCAGAAUCACCCUCAGUGGAGUUUAGGACGGUGGGAGAUUCGGCUGCAGUACAGCUACUGUCAGGAGUGCCAUCACCUGACCAGCAGAGUGGAGUUUCACAUGGAUCUAAGUCAUGGACAGAACUGGCAGUUUCCAUACUCCGGCAGGCGGAAUCCUUCUUUUCAACACAGGAAACUGCGGAGCAUAAUCCUAACAAUUCUGUCCAGCCCCCUGAUCAGAUUCAGAAUCCCCUUAGCCCCUACCCCCAAGAACUGUCAGCGGAGGAGUCAGCCUCCACACCUGAACUACCAGAAUCCUCUUCCUCGUCACAGGAAAUUGCUGAGAAUAAUCUAAACAUAUCUGACCAGACCCCUGAUAGAAUGCAUAGUUCCCCAAGGCCUUGCCCUCAAGAAUUGCCAGCAGAAGAAUCAGCCUCCACACUUCAGCUGUCAGAGCUGUCCUCCUCAACAGAGAUAACUACUGAGAGUACUUUAAAUGUAUCUGAACAGCUCACUGUGUUCGAGUUGAGAGUGGCUGAGCUCGAGUUGAGAGUGGCUGAACAGUCCAUCAUGGCAGACAACAUCAUGGACGGUUCUGACACACCUCCGCCCCUCUCUGUACUUCCAUCGGCAUCUAUUCAGCCUCCAACCCAUCUGGAACUUCCUUCCACAUCAUCCAUGAAACACACAGCAAUGCAUUAUGGGGUUGCAUAUCCAGAAUACCACUCAACCAGCAUGCACCUGUCAUCUGCCACUGGUGCCACACUGCAUCCACAGCUUGGAAAUAUUUACCCCACACCAGCCCUCCAGUACAGACCAGGCUACUGCCAGGUAGCUCCUCAGUUUGGUGCUACCUACUUAGCACCACACCCUCAAUAUAUAGCCAGCUUCAUCCCCCAGUACCCUCAAUUGAGUGUGAACCACCCGCCACAAGAAGCGCUGGUACACGCUAAUUACCCGCCACCAGAUCCUCAGGCUAGUAUUAGUGGUUGGCCACCGAAGCCACCCAAUCUGGAUCCAGACGGUCCAGCCCAGCGCCAGAACACCCCGAUGGUCGACAUGGAGACGGGCCCGUGUCAGGGCUUCUCUUUGGGCCUGUACAAGAAGUACAAGUUGUGGCAGCAAUACAGGCCCAGGGCUUGCAUGUAUUUCUCUAGCAGCCAUGACUCUGAUGCGCUGGCCUGCUUCUUCGUACCGGUGCUACGAUCACUGUGUCUCAUCAACCCCUACACCCCACUGGAGAAGGCUGAGGCCAUGGCUGUGACCGAGUGGAACAGGCUGUCGAACUUUGAUCGCAUGGACUACUACAACAUGGUCCAGAAGUUCGUGGAGUUUGAGCAGUGGGAACACAAUUUCAGGGCAGGAAAGGUAACAGAGGCUGAGCAGCAACGAAUGAAUUGCAGAGGAGUUCAAAAUGACAUUUAUGGUCAGUAAAGAUAAGCAUAAGAUAAAUUAUUAACGACUUUGCAAUAGACAAGAAAUAAUGUACUUUUGCUUUCAACAAUGCUUAAAUCCUGCCAGGGAGAGAUGAUUUCUGUAGUUUUUUAUGGUAUGACCAGCAAUUCACUGUCUUACUUGUAUUACAACUUUUUCCACUCUCUCUUUGAACGAAAUGCUCUCUAAACAUUUUUUAAAUUAUGUUAUCUGUUGUGUUAUCUCUCUCUCCCACAAGGCUACACCUGGAAACGAAGGCCUCAGACAGGUAGAGGCAGAAGAACCGUGAGGAUUAGAAGCAGCCCCAAACAGUGCUGUAGCGUGCAGUCAGGGAAAACCCAUAUGCAGGAACUGAUGGAGGGGGCUCUUAAGGAGUACACAGAAGUUAUGGAGGCUUUAGAGUCAGAGGUCAAGGAAAGGUCAGAGGUCAAGGAAAGGUCAGAGGACGCAGAGGAGGUCAGAGAGCAGGAGGAGAAGGAAGAGAACGAAUCGUUCACAGAGUAUCUGGAUGAGCUGUGUAGUCAGAAAGAGUUUGUGACUCAGGUAAUCAAGCUGUGAAGUUUUAGCGAUGACUCAGAUGUGUUGAAAAUUUCAUUCCAUAUCACCUUCAAAAAGCAUCAAAAACAUGGCUGUACUUAUCUGUUUUUCAUCUCACCAGCGGUCUUUCAGAAGGCUCUUCUUAUGUUGCUAACAUGUACUUGUCAUCUCUGUUGUUAGGCUGGGGAGGUCAUCGACCUAGAGUAUAUGUCAUCUCUCCUCUCCUCAGAUCCAGAAUCCAGUGACCAUUUAAUGGAGUCUUUAAUACAGGUACGUAACUGUACCACCAUAGGCCGAUAUCAUCUUAAAAUAAAACCAUUCAAGUAGUAUUCAGUUUGUAUAGAUUGUAUAGAUUUUGGUGUGUUUUUUAAAAGUAAACAUUGAUAUUUGCAUCGUAUGUGUAAUGCUUUAUUGAGCGAGCAUCAUUAACUCUGUCGUUGUCUGUGUACUUCAAACUCUUCCUCAUA